AUGCCUCGGACUCCUGACUGUCGACUCAAUGGAGUCCCGCCGAUGAACAAUACGCAAAUUUACACACAACACAUCACACUUGAGGAAAAAAGAAAGACGCAACAAUAUUUAUUUCGGAAAAAAAAAAAGAAAAAGGAAAACCCAUCAAAUAAAGGCACGAAAAAUAAAGACGAGACAACAGAGAAGAAAUCAAAUAUGUACAGCGUUGCUUCGGAAAGAUCCGAGGGCUUUAAUGGCGGCUGCUCGGAGAAUGUAUUGGUGGUAGAAGGCGGCGAUUGCUGCUCCGACAAAAGGGCCGACCCAGAAAAUCCAGUGGUCGUCCCAGGCCUUGUCCUUGUUGUAGAUCACGGCGGCGCCGAAACUCCGAGCAGGGUUUAUGCCGGUGCCGGUUAUGGGGAUUGUCGCCAGGUGGACCAUGAAAACCGCGAAACCAAUCGG